AUGACUCCUUAUGAAACCUUGUAUGGACGGAAAUAUAGGACACCUUUGUGUUGGACGGAAGUUGGUGAAGAAAGAAUCUUUGGACCGGAAAUUAUUCAAGAGACUAUAGAAAAGAUAAGGAUGGUUCGUGAUAAGAUAAAGAAAGCACAAGAUCGCCAAAAGAGCUAUGCAGAUCACAGGAGAAGACCAUUGGAAUUUGAUGAAGGUGAUCAUGUAUUCUUGAAGGUGACUCCAAGAUUAAGAUUGAAGGGACCGUUUAAGUCACGGAAGAUAAGUUCGAGAUACGUAGGGCUAUACCAGAUUACAGAGAGGAUUGGAGAAGUAAUUUACAAAUUAGCCUUACCACCUUCUCUAUCAGAAAUGCAUGACGUUUUUCACGUAUCUCAAUUUCGAAAGUUCAUUCCAAACCCUUUUCAUCCUAUUCUUCCAGAUUCAAUAGAAGUAGAAGCAUACCUAACUUUUGAACCUCUACCAAGUCGUAUUACAGGACGGGAAGUUAAGGUAUUGAGGAGUAAGGAGAUCCUUCUUAUUAAGGUUCAGUGGGAUGAAUCACAUCCGGGCGAUGCUACCUGGGAACUGGAGUCAGAAAUGCGAGAAGCUUACCCUUAUCUCUUCUAG